GACAUACAAGGAAAAAAAACAAACAAAAAAAAACCAAAAAAAAAAAGGACAGAGACGAAGGGGGGCCUUUUGUCUCUCAAGAAUUUAUAAGUGAAAGGAAUUUUAAUUUUCUCUCUGUCUAUCUCACGCUCAGCCGUUGCUGUUCGUCUCCCUGAAUGCCUCACCAGUAUUCAGGUCAAUUGUGGCGACUAUUAAGCGGAGGAGCGAGGGAACCAACAGGAUGGGUUCAGAUAUAGCAAUGUGGUUAUUUGAUUUUUGCAGCCUUCAAAACGCAAAUUUUAGACAAUGUGAAGGAUGUUCUCAACAAGGAAGACUAACUCUCUAGGAUUCACUAAUUAAAGAAGCUCCCUUAGCAUGCACUUCUGUUGUUGUUUUUACUUGAAUGAGAUUCUCCAAGAUGGCUGUAGCUAUCAAUCCCCAAAAUCACGGGUUCAAGCAAUUUGUUCGACCUCCAAGAUGUAAGCUUCCAUCGUUCUCUCAGCUCGAUUACAACAUUCUUGAAUCAAGCCAAACAAACCUUACACAUUCACUACAUCAUGUUGCCUUUGAAUUCCCCAAUAUCCACAAAAGCGUUUCCACACCGUGUUUAUCCCUCUCCACGAGAUCAGAUGAAGAUAUUGACAAUAAUCCAAGAAUUGAAAUCAUUGGUGGCCGUCGAGCUCCUAAAGUGCAUGCUUUAGUUGUUGAGGUUGCCAUAGCUAUGGCUUCUGGAAUCAAACCUGAGUUAUUAUCAAGUGGUCUAGGUGGUGCUUACCUUUUUCGUGCUACAAAUGGUAAUGCAAUAGCAGUGGCAAAACCUGCUGAUGAGGAACCUCUAGCUUUGAAUAAUCCAAAAGGAUUUGCAGGUCGGAUGCUAGGCCAACCGGGCAUGAAACGCUCCAUCAAGAUUGGUGAAACUGGUAUUCGUGAAUCGGCUGCCUAUCUUCUUGACCAUGAUGGAUUUGCUGGUGUUCCUCCAACAACAUUAGUCAAGAUUUCUCAUGUUACAUUCAAUAUAAACGAUUCGCAAUCUGUUUCUGGUUCAACUUAUAAAAUUGCCUCACUUCAACGAUUUAUGGAACAUCAUUGUGAUGCAGGAGACUUGGGUGCUUCAGGCUUUUCAGUCGCUUCAAUUCAUCGUAUUGGGAUUUUGGAUAUACGACUUCUCAAUCUUGACAGGCAUGCUGGAAAUAUUCUGGUGAAGCAAGGGAAAGAAAGCUAUGCAGUUGGUUCUGCUGAACUUAUACCCAUAGAUCAUGGACUUUGCUUGCCUGAAUCACUUGAUGAUCCAUACUUUGAGUGGCUGCAUUGGCCUCAAGCCUCUAUACCAUUUUCGGAGUCUGAAAUGGAGUAUAUAUGUGGUCUUGAUCCUUUUAAGGAUGCAGAUUUACUAAGAAGUGAACUUCCUUCUAUUAGUGAAUCAUCCAUUCGGGUGCUCGUGGUGUGCACUAUUCUCUUGAAACAAGCUGUGACUUCAGGGCUUUGUCUAGCUCAAAUCGGAGAAAUGAUGACUCGGAAAUGUUAUGGAGGACAGGAAGAAUGGAGUGCAUUAGAAAAGAUAUGUUUCAACGCCAAGGUUAACAUGGAGAGUAAAAUAAAAGAGGAUAAUAUAAGUGUCGGUGAAGAGAAAGAGAAAAAUGAUGGAGUUUUUCAAUUCGACGAUGAAGAUGGUGAUAACUCAAAUCAAGAAGAUGAGGAGACUGAUGAUGAAAUCUUGCAGGGAUCCCCUUUAAAAGUUAAGCCACCAAAAAUUCCAAGGUUUUCGUCUGUUAGGUCUAUGGGUAGAUUGGUUAAUUCAUCGAUGUUUGAUUAUGAAGAAGAAUGUGAUUUCCUAAACAACACUUGUCUCAAUUCAGAUACCUUAAUAGAGGAUGAUGGUGCUAAGGAAGAUGAUAUCGACGAUGAGGAAGAUCAUAAAGCUGGUGUCCUGUUGAGGAGCAUGAGCUUUGGUACAAAAAAUUACAAGAAUGAUAAUGGUGAAGGAAUUUCUUUUGGUGAAAUGAGUAGUGAACAAUGGAGCUUAUUCUUAGAGGUUUUUGAGAAGCUUUUGCCUGAGGCUUUUGAGGGCAAAAACUGCAUGUGUUUGUCUAAGCAAAGAUUGGGAUCUUCUUGUGAAUUCUGAAGAGAAUUCUGGUUUAUGAGAAGUUAACCACCUGUGUAAUUUCAACCAAGUGUAAAUUACCAGCCAAAGUACUCAAUGGUAGAAUGUAGUUAGAUCUUAGCAUGAAUGGCAAAGAGAUGUGCAAAUUUGCCAUCCUUUCCAUAUUAGUCUUCUUGUUGUUUUCUACUCCUCUGGAGGAGUUUUUCUCUCUUUUUACAUUUUUAUUGCUCAAAAAUAUGCUGCCUCCGAAUAGUUUGGGAGUGAGGCGUGAUUGCUGUUUGUAUUCAUUUGUUUAAAAUAUAAAGAAAAAGAAAGACUAGAGAAUUCUAUGUUUAA